AUGGCGCCCGCAGCACCCUUCUGCCCACCGCCCGCCGACCUCCCCGGCAAGCCCUCCGUCCCCGAAUGGGUCCCCCCGCCCGUCACCAGGCAAAAGGAGGACUUUGCCGAGCUCACCUCCAUCGACCUCUCGGACCUCGACUCGGACGACCCGGCCGUCGUGGACGCGCUGGUGCGGGAUGUCAAGCGCGCAAUCCGCGAGGACGGGUUCUUGUUUCUUGAGAACUAUGGCGUCUCCCUCGAGCAGCUCCAUCGCCAGUUUGCCCUCGCGCAGUAUCUGUACAACAACAUCAGCGAGGAGGACAAGCAGGCCCUCCUCUUUCACCCCGAGACGGGCGUGUGGUCCGGGUACAAGCACCCGUACGGGUUCAAGCGCGAGCGCGGCACCCCCGACGGCAUCGAGCAGUUCAACUGGUACAAGCCCGACUGGGAAGACCCCCUCCACCGCGUGCCCACCUGCCUACACCCCUUCAUGGACGAGAUCGAGUCCUUCUGCACCUACCUCACCCAGUCCGUCAACCGGCGCCUCCUCAGCCUCCUCUCGCGCGUCCUCGAGCUCCCCUCCGACGCGUACCUCUGGCAGCGCGUGCAGUCGCACGGCGGCCCCACGGGCGAGGGCUACUUCCGGCACGCCCUCUUCCGCCCCGUGCAGCGCCAGACGGUCGAGGCCUCGCGCGGCCUGCGCAUGCACGGCCACACCGACUUUGGCCUCACGACGCUGCUCUUCUCGGUGCCCGUCUCGUGUCUGCAGAUCUGGGGCCGCGACGAGAGGUGGUAUUACGUGCCGUAUAAGCCCGGCGCGCUGGUCGUGAAUAUCGGGGACACGCUGGAGAUUGUGUCGGGCGGGCACUUCAAGGCUACGCGGCAUCGCGUCUUUCAGCCUCCUGCUGAUCAGCUCAACGAGGAGCGCCUCUCGCUCGUCUUGUUCAACAGCUCCAUUGGCGACUUGCGCAUGGCUCCUGCGGAGGAGUCGGCCCUCAUCCAGCGAGAGGGCUGUGUCGACGAGCAGGGCGUCUACCGCGAGUUCAAGAACCGCACCGCCAAGGGCAGUCUCGUGCCCACGAACCGCGAAUGGCGCGAGAUACAAAUCGCCACUGUCACGGACCCUACAGACACGGUCCGCAACCGCAUCGGUGCCGACCAGGUCCUCAUCGACGGCAAGCUCAUGCAUCAGCGGGAAUACAUGGGCGUCAAGGUCGUCCUCCCCGUGUAG